AUGUCGUUUACGUUUGGAACUCCUUCGAGCGCUCCCGCUAAUACAUCGCUUUCAGGAGGCUUUAAUUUUGGCGCAAACAAACCAGCUACGCCUGGUUUCGGGUUAGCGGCUACAUCUCAGCCCUCAUCUGGACUCUUUGGGAAUACCUCUUCCACUCCUGCUUUUGGUUCGACCACGCCAGCGUUCGGUCUUGGCUCAACGCCUGCAUUCGGGGCAAGCCCUGCCGCGCCUGCAUUCGGGGCAAGCCCUGCCGCGCCUGCAUUCGGUACUACGUCCACCGCGCCCGCGUUUGGUGCUACUUCUACCGCGCCAGCGUUCGGAGCCACAGGAGCACCUGCGUUUGGCUCCAGUUCGACCGCGCCUACGUUUGGUUCGACAAGCACACCUGCUUUCGGUGCAACAUCCACGGCACCAGCUUUUGGGUCCACUGCCACCCCAGCAUUCGGCUCGACGUCCACUGCACCCACUUUUGGCUCUACAACAGCGUUCGGAGCUAGUACAGCUGCACCAGCUUUUGGAUCGACUACAACCCCAGCAUUUGGUACUUCAGGCACCACAGGUUUUGGUACAACAUCUACACCUUCCUUUGGAUCCACAGGUCUUGGGACAAGUUUUGGAGGUACAACAUCGACUACUGCUUCAACUGGUCUUAAUUUUGGAGCACCAGCUACUACAAAGGCAACGCUUGGUGGUCUCGGGGGUUUCGGUUUCGGUUUCGGUACCACUACUGCCGCCCAAACAAGUUUCGGCUUUGGGGCAACAAGCACUGCCACAACAACCUCUAGUUCCUUUGGAUUGAGUUUAGGUACAACUAAUGUUUCUGGCACACAACCAUCUACAUCAGCAGCACCGAGUCUUGGACUUGGUGGGGUUGCACCUACUGGGACUGGUACAACAAACACUACCACUGGAGAUGGAAAAUCUGAACCACCAAAGCAGACCAAGUUACCAAACGAGAUCUCCACCUUAGUGGAUUCUUUCAAAGAGUUUGUCAAGAAACAGAAGUCGCUCAGUUCUGAAGUUAUGCGCGUUUCCAUCAAGCCAUUGCACAAGGUGGGUCGGGAGGCCGAGGCGACGUUGCGCUCCGCCCUGGCUCUCCGCGGCGAGACCAAUAGGGCGAGGGCGCAGUCCCGGCGCCUCCGCGCGGCCGCCGCCGAAGCCCUAGCGGCCGCCGAAGCCGCCGCCAGAGACCCCCCCGGAUCCGAACUAGAGGGAAGUGCACCACCAAGAUAUAUAAAGGAGCUAAUUGCAGAGCUGGAGCAACAGCUUAUCAUGUUCCGUAGGCAGAUGGACGUAGCCGAUAAACAGAUGCAGGCAUCACCCAAAUUGCUCACUGAGCAAGAAUUGACGCUGGGAAUUCGUCGUAUGCACGAAUCUUUGGUCGCGUUGGCUGGGCGUCUACAAGCAGUACAUACUCAGGUUGAAGCUCAGAAGGAGCAAUAUCUCAACUUGAGAAAAUACAUACUCAAGGACCCCACAAAUGUAUUCGACACACCUUCUUCAAGCGCCAGUUUGGAUCAGAUUUUGCAUGACGCUGAAGGUACAAGGAAGAAGACAAAAUCAAAUACUAUGUCAGAUAUCAGUUUCGGCAUUAGCAGCGCUGUUUUGGCUGAUCCCAAAGUGGCUUUAGGCAACAUUCAACAAUUGGCUGGACCAACUCCAUUUACAUAUUUAGGCAGUGCAUUGUCUCCAUUCCCCACAUCCGAUACAACUGGUCCGAACUGGCAGCCCCAACAGCAGACCAGUCUGAACAUGUCCAUGAAGAACAUCGGCUUCGCUGCUUCAACGCAAGCGGAGACCAGCUCCGGUUUCCAGCUGCAGAAACCGCCCGGAAAGCGCGGGAAACAA